CAGUUUUUUCCUUUCGUCAAAAACGAGACAGCCACCAACAGUCGUCAUCUUUGCUACCAUGUAUUAAUUACAUAACAUCCUUAUCUCAUUGAAUUUAUGAUAGCCUUUGUCGAUCAGCAUUGCCGACUUGGAGUUAUGGCAAUCUUUGUUGCUUUUUGAUCCAUGCAUGUUUAUCCACCAGCACUUAGUCUAGCUUGAAUUCGAGAAUUGCAGAGUACCUUCUUCACAAAACAGAGAACUAGUAACUAAUCACUAAAAUGGCGUCCUCGGCCGCCUACGAUCGCCUAGCCGAGCUAAAGUCCUUCGACGAGACUAAAGCCGGCGUCAAAGGUCUCCUGCAUUCCGGGAUCACCGACCUCCCCCGCAUCUUCCACUUCCCGCCCCACCUUCUCGAUCACAGACCAUCGGUUUCCGCCGGCGACCCCAACUUCACUUUCCCGGUCAUCGACCUGGAAAGUGAAGGCGUGAGAUCAGACCCCGACAAGCGGAACAGAAUCGUCGAAAGAAUCCGCGACGCGUCAUCAAAUUGGGGAUUCUUCCAGGUGGUCAACCACGGUAUCCCCGAAACCCUCCUCGACGAGAUGAAAGCCGGCGUCCACAAAUUUCACGACCAGACCGUCGAGCUGAAGAAGCAAUUCUACGGCCGCGACCCGACCAAGAAAGUCUACUACAACAGCAACUUCGACCUGUUCGACGCCCCCGCCGCCAGCUGGAGGGACUCGGCGCUGUUCCACAUGGCGCCCGAUCCGCCGAGCGCCGACGAGAUUCCCGCUUGCUUCGGUGGCGUCCUGACGCGCUACUCCGAGGAAAUGCUGAGAUUCGGGGAUCUGCUGUUUCGGCUGCUGUCCGAGGCUCUGGGCUUGAGGCCCAAUCAUCUCAAGGAGAUGGGCUGCGCCGACGGGUUGCUGAUCGGGUGCCAUUACUAUCCGCCGUGUCCCCAGCCGGAGCUCACUCUGGGAACGGAUAAGCAUUCAGAUGUCGACUUUGCCACCGUGCUUUUGCAAGAUCGCAUUGGAGGGUUUCAGGUUCUUCACAAGGAUUGUUGGGUCGAUGUGCCGCCUCUGGCGGGAGGUCUGGUUGUUAACAUCGGUGAUAUGCUUCAGCUGAUAUCGAAUGACAAGUUUAUAAGCGCUCAACACAGAGUUCUGUCGAAAACGAUCGGACCCAGAGUGUCUGUACCAGCCUUUUUCAGUUCUGGAUUUUCACAGAAUCCAAAAGUUUACGGACCCAUAAAGGAGUUGUUAUGCGAAAAUAGCCCUCCAAGAUAUCAGGAGACCACGACUCAGAACUAUCGUGCCAAUUACUACAACAAAGGCCUUGAUGGGAAGUCUAGACUGUUGGAUUUUAAGCUCUAAGAAUCUGGAUGAAUGUUGGAGAAAAGAGGGUGAAUCCUUGCUGCAGAAGGAUUAGCGAUUAGGGCGCUAGAAAUCGGUUUGAAAUUAGAGUCUAUUUCUUUGGUCAAACUACAUUGUCUUGAUCUAUUUCGGUUUUUUCCCUAAAGUUUGUGAUUUGUAUGAGUUGAGUUCGUCCGUGAGUUGUUAGUAGAGCUGAGAAUUUGCAGCUGAAGUAGUUAGUCAUGGUUGUUGAAUUUGCAGUUGAAUUUGCAGUUGAGAGGUUAAUAUACGUCCUGGGGAGAGCGACAUUGUUGGGAGAUUGCGGCGUUGUUCCCUUUCAACAUUCAAUAAAAUUUGUCAAAUAGUUGUUUAUUUUCAGCAAGACUGUAACUCAUUGUAAGACUUGGUCUUUUAGAGGUCAUGAUAAUAAGGGUGUUUGUUCUACCAUUGUGUCAUUGUUUGUUGAUGUUUAAAGUUUAAACUAUGUAGCACUCUUAUUUCACAUAAGAUUGUAAGAACAUCAAAUGUGGAAAUUACCGUCUCUGUAAUAAAUCAUUAAGGUUUGA